UACACCACGUGUGUCGCGUGAGGUCAUUGGAAACUACAAACGUGGGAUGUGUUUGGGUAGUGAGAUGUUAAUAGCGACGAAAUGCUGUACCGCGUAGUUUCAAAAUUAUCACAUCGAAACACACCGUCGCACUAACGAAAAGAAAGUGACGAUUAUAUUUCGAAAGACUUAUGAGUUGCCUGACAACAAAUAUUAAGAAUUGGGAUUAGUAAAAUGUCUGGCGAAGACGACAAUGAAGAAUUGGCUUCCUCGGAGCUUGGAACGAUUGAAUACUGGGACAAAACGUAUUCAACAGAGAUUCAGAAUUUUGAAGACCAUGGUGACAUAGGAGAAGUCUGGUUCGGAGAAGACAGUGCAUUGAGGGUUGUCAGGUGGUUAUGUGAUAAUCCAGCAGUGAAAAGAGAUGACAGGAUUUUGGAUGUUGGCUGUGGCAAUGGAAUGUUGCUCAUAGAGUUGGCUCGUGAAAAGUUCUGUGAUCUGACAGGCAUUGAUUACUCCCAGAAUGCCAUUGAACUAGCCAAUGCUGUUGCAAGAAAGCAGAAUAUUGAUAUUAAAUAUUAUGUCUGUGACAUGUUGGCAAAUUACGACGAGCUAAUUGAGGGUGGCACAUUGCUGAAAGAGUAUGACAUUGUUUUAGACAAAGGUACAUAUGAUGCAGUUAGUCUACAUCCAGUAGAUGCUAAGAAAAAGAGAGAAAAAUAUAUUGAAAACAUCCACAGGAUACUGUCGCAAACUGGAAUGUUUGUUAUAACAUCCUGUAAUUGGACACAAGAUGAACUAAUUUCUCAUUUCAAAGCAAAAUUUGAACUCCUUGAUAUCAUCCCAACACCAAAAUUUCAAUUUGGUGGGAAAACUGGCAGCCUGAUCACAUCUCUCGUUCUUCGGAAAUGCUAAAUAUUGUGCCUGUAAAAAUGUUUGCAGUGAAUUUGAUGCUUUUUUUAUGUUUCUAUUAAAAUAUUACAAAGACAAGUAAGAAUAUAAAGCAAUUUCAUGCAUAUGUAAUGGAUGUUAUAAAAAUUCUUUGUGCAAUUAUUUCUUCUUAGUAACUUUAUUUUUAAACAUUUGCUUGACAAUAAGAUGUUCCUUAGUUGAUUUGCUGUUUAUUUUAAGUGUAUGUUUACUUAUUGCUGUAACGUUACAUGUGUUUCAUGUAUUUGUUGUAUCACACAAUUUAGUGAACAAAAUAUUGUUAUUCAUUGUAAAUGCAAGUUAUCAUUGAGUGGACAGCAAGGUGAGGUAGUCAGUACAGAACUUGUACUUUUUAAGCAGAAAUUUUUUCUGAACACAAUUAUCUCCCUUUUGUAGGCAAUUCACUCUGAUAAUGGAAGACAUCUUUCAGAAUUUGAGUCCUGGUCUGGCACACAAUGUUCAUCACAGCAUGUACCCAAUUAAAUGAUAAAAAUAUGUAAUCCCAUAAGAUUUUCUUUCUUUAACUGAAUGUGAAAGGCAAAAAUGAAAUGCUUCAUAAUUUUUUCUAACUGAAAGCAAAAAGUGUAUGUAGUUAUGCUCUUACUCACCUAUUUAUAUCUUAAUACAUGCCUUUUCCCAUCCAGUCUUGCCCUGUACUCUCCCUCCCUCCCCCCCUCCCCCUCC